CAGGAGACACGGCGUGAUUUCACAAGUUUGUGAGGAAUUGCUGGUCUGGCUCUCUGGUAACGGAGAUGGAGCUCCAGCACUGUCUGAAUCUCACUUCCACAGGAAGAUCUCUAGAAGCAGCAUGCCGCCCAUAGAUGCUUUUGAUACACAUGAUAGCCACCUCUCUCAUGGGAUCUGCACGUCUUCAUAUCCCCGGACAAUCAGCAAGCCGCGCAAGGCACGUAAGAAGCUGCAGGUGAUCAUUUGUGUACUCUUCGUGGAGCUUUUUGAGAGGUUCACCUUCUUUGGGAUUGUUUGCAAUAUGAUCCUGUUCUGCACCAUCAAGCUGGGAUACAGCAGUUACCAAGCAGCCAUGGUGAACACGUGCUUUGUGGGAGCCAGCGUACUUACACCGGUUCUUGUGGGAUGGUUUGCCGAGACGUGCUUGGGGAGGACAACAGUUCUCUGUUUAUGUGCACUCCUUCAUUUCUUCGGAACCGCCUUGCUUCCUGUGGUUGCAUUCCCUUUUGAGGAUUUCUAUAUAAACACACAUAAUAUUGUGCAUCGACUUGAACCUCAUGAGCAGCACAUACUAUUCUACACGGGGCUUGUUGCAGUGGCCCUUGGCAUUGGUGGCAUCCGUGCCAUCCUCUGCCCAAUGGCAGCCUAUCACCUUCAAGGCUGUGAUCAACACCAGCUCCUGUCCUUCUUCAACUGGUUUUACUGGCUGGUCAACCUGAACUCAACUGUUGUUUUUUUGGGGAUUGCCUACAUUCAGCAGUCGAUUGCCAAAAACCUGUGCUUUCUCAUCCCUUUCACCUCUGUUCUGCUCGCCCUCGUCGCCAUUCACAUGGUGCACAACAAGCUAACUUUCCGUCCAAAAAAAGGCAGUUCCUUGCUAACUACGCUGGGAGUGUUCCUCAAUUCUCUGAAAAUGUGCUGCCUCCAUUAUCGCCAUUUAAGCGGAGACGUGGCCAGCUGGCUAGACCGUGCUAAGGAAAACAACGGGGGUCGUUACAGUGAGACCAGUGUGGAAAACGUCAAGGUCCUAGUCAAACUUUUCCCUCUCUAUGGACUUCAGCUUUUAUAUCGAGCCUGCAUUACCCAGAUCCCAUCGGGCUAUUAUCUACAGACGAUGCAUUCCAAUUUAAAACUCAAUGGCUUUCUUCUGCCAGUAGCAGUGAUGAAGGUCAUCAGUAUCCUGCCGGUGCUGAUCUUAGCCCCACUGCUGGAGCUUCUGAACACCUGCUACCAGUCUCCAAAGAAAAUGCUGCCCUCACCAGCCACAUUCAUAACUAUGGGUCAUGCCUGUGCAGCUCUCUCAGCACUACUGGCAGGGAUUUCCGAAAUCCACAGGAAGGACCGCCCACAAGUGGAGCAGACAUUAUCAGGAAAGGUCCUGCAUGUGUCCUCUAUGACCUGUUUCCAGCUUACGCCCCAGUACAUUUUACUGGGAGUGGCAGAAGCCUUUGUGACACCAGCAUGUUCACUCAUAUCCUUCUGUCUGACUCCCAGCAACCUUAGAGGUGUCUCCUUACAUUUCCUAACCCUCUCAUAUGGAGGAGGCUGCUUUCUAGGGGCUUUCCUCAUUCACGUCCUUUAUUUUGUGUCAGGAGGAAACUUCUAUCCUAAUAACCUCAGCAGCGGCAACAUGGAGAGGUUUUUCUUUACAUUGGCCACAUUAAUGGCUAUAAACACUCUGGCGUUCUGGAGAAUAUCACAAAGGUACACAGAUCUGAGCGUGGAUCUGAGUAGCGGGGCAGGACACAGUCACCUGUACGAGAAACUCCUGCAGUACAAGACCUGUCUGCGUUUUUAUGACACGUUUGAUCGUUCGGACACCUUGACGUCUAUGGAAACGGUCUUGUAAAUCAAUUGUACAUAUUAACCCUGUAAUGCUGGCAUUACACAAAAGACUUUGAACUGACGGAUUUUCAUCGUUUGGAACUAGAGCAAUGUAGCUGUAAAUAAUGCAAUUUAAAUGUAUAAAAAAAUAAAGUUAUAUUAUGAUAUUACUAUAAUGAGUCCAAAAUUUGUCAUAAGAUGUUGUUGAUUUGAUGAAUGUUAAAACUGAGUUUCUGCAACAUUGUGAAAACGAAACUAACUUAUAAUGUGGAAAAAACUACAACAUCUUAAAGGGUUACUUUAAGAAUAGUCCAACUGCCGUCAGUAUUUCAAUUUUAACGUUAUGAAGCGACGACAAUGUUUUUUGUACACAAAGAAAAGAAAAUAACGACUUUAUUUAACAAUUCCUCUCCUCUGUGAAUUACUUAAAUAAUUCCUGCCAGGGCAUUGCUAUACAGCUGCAAAGGUGCCCUAGUAUUAUUAUGCCACUUUACACUUCCACUGUAAAAUGUAAUUUGUAACUUACUUCUCACUGAAAUUUUUUUCUGAAAGUUUCUUUCUGUCAGACAAAGCCAAAUUAUGAAUAUGUCGUCUAUGUGGUCACAAUUCAGUGUUUUUAUUAUUUUGGUAAGGUAUACAAAAAUAAAUUGUAAUUGUAAAUUGUAAAGGAAAGAAAACAUAUUUCAUAACUACUAACCCCCCAAAAAGCAUACGGUAUGUAUCAGCAUGUCAAGGCUACCUGUUUGACAAAAAUUACA